UCUUUGUGUGUUUCGAAGGAGGCCCAUUCCGAGCCGGCCAAAGCGUCCUUGACAGUUGGCUUUUUGUGUGGUUCUGUUCCUUGGAAGGGGACUUGCUGGUGGAUGGAAAAGAUACUGGGACUGUUGCACCUCGCAGCUCGAACCCCGGCGGCUCGAGGAUUCAGUCUGGCUUCUUAAGGGCCGUCUGUUUUUCCUUCCUGAGAGCCGGUUUGCUCGCACGAGCCCAAUCAAAAAGUUCUUGGCCUCGACUUGCAUACCUGCCCUUCGCGGGCGUCGAACUCGACUCCUCCGAGCCCGGUAUGGAUGCUAUAAGACAUGUUCUCUCCCGGGACGAACCUGGGGGCAAAGACAACAACGAUCCGGCCAAGGUCCUGCUGGGCCUCUUGUCAGAUCCCUUCUCGUCCCAGGUUAAGCUUCAAUCGAAUGCCGUGUUUGCCGCUUUAGCCUCCUCCCUAGGCGUCACGGUCGCCAUCGCCAUCUGCUUUUCCUUCCUUCGCCCGUACAAUAGCGUUGUAUAUGCGCCGAAACUGAAGCAUGCCGACGAGAAACACGCCCCUCCACCACUGGGGAAGGGCAUCUUUGCCUGGAUCGUACCCCUGUGGACGACUUCGGAGCGGGACAUGAUCAACCUGGUCGGCAUGGAUGCCGCCGUCUUUCUUCGCUUCACCAGGAUGUGCCGCAACAUCUUCCUCGUCCUCUCCCUACUCGGUUGCGCCAUCCUGGUCCCGAUCAACUGGACCAACUUCGCUGCCGAUGAAGCGAAGUGGUUGAGCAGGAUCACACCGCUGAACGUUUGGGCCUCUGCGCACUGGGCCACCGUCACGUUCGCUUGGCUGUUGACGAUUGUCGUUUGCGGCUUCCUUUGGUGGAACUACAGGAAGGUGUUGCAGAUGAGGCGCGUCUACAUGCGGAGCGAGGAGUACCAGCACAGCCUCCACGCCCGCACAUUGAUGAACCUCACCUCGGACGAAGGCAUUGCCCGGAUCAUUGAUACCGUCGCCCCUAACUCGUCCUUCUCGAGAACCGCCGUCGCCCGCGACGUCAAGAUCCUCCCCGACCUCAUCCAGCAGCACGACAAGGCCGUCCGAAAACUGGAGAAGGUGCUGGCCAAGUAUCUCAGAGAUCCGGACAACCUCCCGCCGGAGAGACCCAAAUGCUCGCCUUCCAAGAAGGACCCUUCGUAUAGCACCUACCCGAAAGGCCACAAAGUCGACGCCAUCGAGUACCUCACCCAGCGGAUCAAGGUGUUGGAGCUGGAGAUCAAGGACGUUCGACAACGGAUCGAUAAACGGGGCUCGAUGCCAUACGGAUUCGCAUCCUACGCAGAUAUCGCCGAGGCGCAUGCCAUCGCUUAUGCCUGCCGCAAGAGAAAACCCCGCGGCGCAACCAUCAGGUUGGCUCCGAGGCCGAACGACAUCAUUUGGGACAAUAUGCCGCUCAACUCGUCGACCCGGAGCAGAAGGAGGCUGUGGAACAACCUUUGGAUGGCGGCCCUCACGAUCGCCUGGAUCGCACCAAACGCCAUGAUCGCCAUCUUCUUGGUCAACCUGAGUAACUUGGGGCAAGUGUGGCCCGCCUUCCAGGAGUCGCUACGCCAGAACGCCGGGAUCUGGUCCAUCAUCCAGGGUAUCGCCUCCCCCGCGCUCAUGUCGCUCGUCUACCUUGUCCUCCCCAUCAUCUUCCGGCGCCUGUCCAUCAAGGCGGGCGACCAGACCAAGACCGGGCGCGAGCGUCACGUCGUCGCGAAGCUGUACGCCUUCUUUGUCUUCAACAACCUGAUCGUCUUCUCCAUGUUUAGCGCCAUAUGGAACGUUACGGCAACCGUUGUGCAGCAGACCGAGGGGGGCGCGAAUGCUUGGCAUGCCUUCCUCGACGCCAACAUCGGCCAGACCCUGUUCGUCUCCCUCUGCGGCGUGUCGCCGUUCUGGGUGACCUGGCUCCUCCAGAGACAACUCGGCGCCGCCGUCGACCUGGCUCAGCUCUGGACCCUUCUCUCUACCUUUGUCACGCGCAAGUUUUCGAGUCCGACACCCCGCGAGCUGAUCGAAUUCACUGCGCCGCCUCCGUUCGACUAUGCGAGUUACUACAACUACUUCUUGUACUACUCCACCGUCGCCCUCUGCUACGGCUCCAUCCAGCCGCUUGUUCUGCCGGCCGCGGCCCUGUACUUCUGCAUCGACGUAGGGCUGAAGAAGUAUCUGCUGCUUUACGUCUUCGUCACCAAGACCGAGAGCGGCGGUCUGUUCUGGCGCAUCUUGUUCAACCGCUUCCUCUUCGGCUCUAUGCUUUCUCACCUUGUCGUGUUCCUGACGUGCUGGGUUCGCGGUGACGGAACGCAUGUCGAGGCGUAUGCCGUCGCCCCCCUCCCGUUCCUCAUGCUCGCAUUCAAGUUUUACUGCUCGCGCGCCUUUGACGACAAGAUGCACUAUUAUGCCACUAGGUAUUCCCCGCAGCAGCGAGCCGAGUCGGGAUUCGACUUCAAGGAGCAGAGCUCGCGGAACGACCGGCUUGCCGCUCGCUUCGGACAUCCCGCGCUCUAUAAGCCUCUCAUCACACCGAUGGUGCAUGCCAAGGCGCAGCACCUGCUCGCCAGCAUUUACCAAGGCCGUCUGAGCGACGGGCGGGACGCUGGUCACGACGAUUCCGCCACCGUUAGUGGCUACAGCGACACCUAUCUCCUCGACAACAUGGCGUCCGGCAAAGCCGGGAAGCUCUCGCCUUCAAUACCCGGGUUUGAAGUCGUCCCCGAAUCGCGCCUCGAUUUCGAGUUCUACAAGAACCGCGACGAAUUCGCUGCAGACCACGGUGGUGGCGACCUAUUCGGCCGGAACCCGGACAUCGUCCGCCCUGGCACACCGGGCACGAUCGGCAGCGGGCACUCAGAGCCCAACUCACGGCCGGGCACGCCCCAAGGUGGAAUGGGUUUCGCCGGCAACAGGAACCCUUAUUCUCCGUACCCAGACCCCAUCGGCGCUUCGUCCGCCUAUCCAGGGCAACCAGUCUACCUCUCUUCCUCCGCUUUCGACCCGGUUGCCCGCCCCCGCAGCCCCAUGUACGCCAACCCCAACGACAGCGCCACCAACCUCGUGGCCGCCGCCGCGGGCAUGCCGGUCUCCUCGCCGGGGAUUCCUCCGACGCCGAGCACGUAUCGGUCUCCCGGAGCAGGAGCAACAGAUGACGACCUGGGUCCGGUAGCAUCUGCUUCCAGCAGCCGAUAUAACCAGCGCGCCCCGGGCAUGCUGGGUGGCGGGCCGCACGGGUACGGCGGACUACCGCAGACGGAUGAAUAUGAUGUGCAGUCGCCACCUCUGAGGACUGUGGCUGGGACGCAGCAGCAGAAGGAUCCGGCGCAGUACGAUUAUUUUAGAGGCGGAAGCAGUGGUGCGAGGGCGGGGUACGGCGAUCGAAGCGUGACGCCGGGGGCUGCGACUAGGGGCAAGGGGCCUGGUGCGGGUAGUGCGGGAAGCCAGAUUUGGGGAGGGAACCGGUAGUUUCGUUUCCUCUUUCUCUCUCAUGAGCCUCCACUCAGACUAAGGGGGCAGGCAGGGUGAAGAAGGACGAGAACAUGGAAAGGAUUGGAUUAAACAGGAUGAAAGCAGCGGAUCUUUUACGGGAUCUUUUACGGGAUCUGGCAGUUGUCAAAGGGAUGAUGGCGCAAUUUCUGCAAGGAAGCAACCAG